GGGUGGACCAAUAAUAGUAAACAAAUCCUGUGUGCGCAUGCGCAGUGUGUGAGCGCUGAUGGAGGAUUGUCAGGGGAAGGAUCUGCUGUUAGCUAAACAUUUCUACGAAGGUUGAGGGCAGCUAUUAGCAUUUUGUUCGACAGAGUCAGCGCUAAGGACUCGGUCGGUCAAGAUGGCAUCGGACACACCGGUUUCUAGGGGUAUUAUGACCUUUUACCCCACUGUUGAAGAAUUCAAGAACUUCAACCGCUACAUUGCGUACAUGGAGUCUCAAGGUGCACACAAGGCAGGCCUGGCCAAGAUCAUCCCGCCAAAAAACUGGAAGCCUCGACGUUCGUACGAUGACAUUGAUGACCUGCUAAUACCUGCACCGAUUCAGCAGGUUGUGACUGGGCAGUCAGGGCUGUUUACCCAGUACAACAUCCAGAAAAAAGCCAUGACUGUGAAAGAGUUCCGCAAAACAGCCAACAGCGACAAGUUUUGCAGCCCUCGGUAUGAUGAUUUUGAAGAGCUUGAAAGGAAGUACUGGAAAAAUUUAACCUUUAACCCUCCCAUCUAUGGAGCUGAUGUAAAUGGGACCCUUUAUGACCCUGAUGUCAAAGAAUGGAAUGUGGGGCAUUUGAAUACCAUCCUUGACACCGUGGAGCAUGAGAGUGGUAUUACAAUAGAGGGAGUAAACACACCCUACCUCUACUUUGGCAUGUGGAAAACCACUUUUGCUUGGCACACUGAGGACAUGGAUCUCUACAGCAUUAAUUACUUACACUUCGGGGAACCAAAGUCCUGGUACUGUGUGCCUCCAGAACAUGGAAAAAGACUGGAGCGGUUAGCCAAAGGCUUUUUCCCUGGAAGUUCACAAAACUGUGAAGCAUUUCUUAGACACAAGAUGACUCUUAUUUCACCUUCAAUUCUAAGGAAGUAUGGCAUUCCUUUUGAAAAGAUCACUCAGGAGGCUGGAGAGUUCAUGGUGACAUUUCCGUACGGCUAUCAUGCAGGCUUUAACCAUGGUUUUAACUGUGCGGAAUCUACCAACUUUGCCACAAGACGAUGGAUCGACUAUGGAAAGCAAGCCAUACUGUGUUCAUGUAGGAAAGACAUGGUGAAGAUCUCCAUGGAUGUGUUUGUAAGGAAAUUUCAGCCCGAACGGUAUGAGCUGUGGUUGGCGGGGAAGGACAAUGCUCCCAUUGACCACUCCAAGCCCACGCCUGAAGCAGCUGAGUUUUUAGGUGGAGAGGCUGGAAAGGGCGGUGCUCAGGAACACGGCACUGAGAACCAAAGUAGUGAGGGACAAAAGAAAAGCCUUGCCAAACAAAGGAUAGGAACCAAAAGACACAGAGUGUGUCUGGACUUACCUGAGGAAGUUCUUCCAAAGAGUGAAACAAACGAUGAGGAGGCUGAAUAUGGCAAGAAGGGGCGCUUGACUCUAUACACAGAACAAUACAGAGAGUAUCAAGAUUUGAAGGACGAAGAUGACCUGCUGCCACUGAUGGGUUCGACCAGUUUAAAGAUGCUUCCAGGUUCCAGAAGUCCUGCAUCUGGGGAGUGUGUUAGGGGUUUAGGUUUUAGUGCCGCAGACCCAGGCUCUAAAGCUACUUCUCUGUCCUCAGCCUGUACACAGUCCUUCCCAAAGCGUCAUCUCUCUAUAGCAUCUGUCCCUACUGUCCCUCACUGCCUGUCAGCCGUGCCACGGAUUUCUACCAAACCAGGGGUGGCGAGCCUUCUCUUUCAUCGGACCCUAAGCCCUUCAGAUGCCCUUCAGGUCCAUAGCUAUGCAGCCAGAACAACGCUCUGUAAACCUCAGCAACCCAUGACAGAGGAACCCAGAGAAGAAGACCUCAAAGACCCAGACAUUCAACUAGAUGUGAGGCCAAAUAUGCAAACUCCACAACCAAACAUAGAGCAUGAAAUUGAGGGAGAGAAAGAGAAUAAAAGCAUGAAGAGGAAACUGCAGCCACUCAGCAAGUUGCCACGUUUGCAUCCCCUCCUCAGAGAAAACUCCAGCGAUGAUGAGAUUCAGGAGCCAGCGACAGAGCAAGAGGAGACUGAUCCCUGGGCCAGACUCCUUUCUCCCAUGUGGCAAAGCAAGCCUCGCGAUUUUGAAGUUGAGAAGGAUUUCAACUUCCGCAUGGGCCAGCAACCUCCGUACUGUGCAGUGUGUACCCUCUUUCACACGUACACACAGAGUGAUGUAAUCAGUCUGAUCCAGUGCGGUUCUGCAGAAGGAGGGGACCAGCAGAAGACCAUGCCGCUGAUUCCCGAGAUGUGCUUCACCAGCAGCUCUGAGGGACACCUGUCCACCCCAAAUCUGGAUGAAGAUGGCACUAGCCAACUCAUCAGCUGCUCUGUGUGUAGUGUGCGCGUUCAUACCAGUUGUUAUGGUGUGUCUCAGGAUACUAAGCUGGAUGGGUGGAUGUGUUCCCGCUGUGAAGCGAAUGCCAUUACUCAGGACUGCUGUUUAUGCUCUCUGAGAGGAGGAGCUCUGCAGAAGGCCAACAAUGACAAGUGGGUUCAUGUGUUAUGUGCUGUGGCGGUGCUGGAGGCUAGAUUUGUGAACAUUGCAGAGCGCAGUCCUGUUGAUCUCGGUAAUAUCCCGCUUCAGAGAUUUAAACUGAAAUGCCAGUUCUGUCGUAAGUGGAUGAAGAAGAGCUCAGGUUGCUGCGUGCAGUGCUCACAUGGCCGGUGCUCCACUUCCUUUCACGCCACUUGUGCACAGGCAGCCGGAGUUCAAAUGCACCCAGACGACUGGCCAUUCGUUGUAUACUUCACCUGCUGGAGACACAAGGGCGGCACCCAAGUGGAGACACGCAACAAGGCAUCAAUGCGGGAGUUGGAGAAGGGACAGAAAGUGAUCUGCAAGCACAAAAACGGCCGAUACUACCAUUGUGAGGUGGUUGAGUUGACCAAGGCCACCUUCUAUGAAGUUAUCUUCGAUGAUGGCUCAUUCAGUGACAACCUCUUCCCUGAGGACAUAGUGAAUAGAGACUGUCAGCAGCUCGGUCCACCAUCAGAGGGCGACGUAGUUCAAGUGCGCUGGACAGAUGGCCUAAUCUAUGGAGCCAAAUUUGUGUCUGACCAUAUCAUCCCAAUGUACCAGGUGGAAUUUGAAGAUGACUCUCAGCUCACUGUAAAGAGGGAAGACGUGUACAGUUUGGACGAGGAGCUGCCCAAACGUGUUAAAGCCCGACUGUCUGUGGCGUCGGACAUGCGCUUCAAAGGGGUGUUUGUGGAGAAGGAUGUGAAGCAGGACUCGAAAAGACAGCGGGUGAUCAACUCCCGUUAUAGGGAGGACUACAUCGAACCGGUCAUCUACAGAGCCAUCAUGGAGUAACACUCCACAAACUCCUCACAAACAAUAUCUUCAACACACAGAUCAAUUGGCUGCAACAUAACAAACAGAAAAACAGGCUGGACCAGACACCUUAAUGUUUUGAGUGGACAAACACGUCAUUAUGUGAACGGACAACAGCAAAUACAUGCCAACCACCGAGCCUUUGUUUUUAAAAACACCAAGAUCAAGUUUUAGACCUUCAGGCUGAGUAAUAAUUCUCAUUGAAAUGACCCUACUGUGAACGGUCUUCGGGCGGCAUAGAUGAGAGUCCCAGAGAUGAAAAUGCUAGGAAUGUCUUGUGUAAGAGUGUUUGUUUGUUCGGAUAGCACACAACCGGCUCAGGCUCAGCGGGAGCGUUGGACUGCUCUCGGACUCCUACUAUCUUCAGUCAGGUGGCGGUAAUGUUUCAACUGUUUUGUUUUUUUUUGUUUUUUUUAAUCACCUCCCCGCAGACCAACCGGCUGACUGCACAUGAACAGACCUUUAGUCCGUCAGACAAAUCUUUAGUCAGCGGGGAUGCGCCGUCCCACUGACCUUUUUGUAGGUCUUAAAGUGCUUUGCAAUAUCUGAAUCUCAUGGAUGAAUCUAGUCUUUCUUAGUACGAGCAGCUCUCAUGUGUGAUCUACUGUAAACAUGGGACGUUAUAGGAAACUAGCUUUAUACUCUCACAUUUAGGUGGAUACAGCAGCUUUGGAUUUUGUUUAAAUUAAUUUAUAUUUCUGUUGAAGUGCAAGGAAUGCCAGUUGUUUCCUAACUGCAUAUUAGUUCUGGAUUAACUUUGUUUGUAAAAAGAAGUAUUUAUAUAUGUUGAAGCCAGAUUUUCUCUACUUUUUCUACUCUUAGUUGCAUUACUAUGACAACACAGGUAAGAGUGACUUGUGACCAGUCAAGGUCGAAGUGGUGCACUUAUCCAUGUGUUUUUUUUUUUUUUUUUUCCUCUUUUCUUUUCUUUCUCUUUUCAUUUGUGAGUUUUAUAGUACUUAAGGCAGGGAAGGCAAUGUCUCAAAGCACUCCAUUUAGAGAGUGUCAAAAGAGACGCCUCGUUUGAAUCACUUAGAUUAUUUUAAAAAUGUUUUGUGGAGAUUCCUUUAGCUGUAUAGCAUUACAGAUCCUUGUCUUCAGUUGUUUUGUGCAGUAGGCAUUACACUCCUUUGUCUUGGAAUAUAGAUCCAUUGUUAAUUUAAGGCUAAAAACUUUAUUUUUAAAUUAAAAGCAAUGUGUCCUAUCCCCCUGAA